CCGGCACUGGUGGUGGGUUUGGUCGUCUCCGUGAAUAAGAACUCGUACGGCCUGCAAGAGUACGGCAAAGGAGGGCCGGGAGACGGAUCCUCAAAGUUCUGCUGGAUCCAGAGCUCGGCUGUCUUCUACUCCACUGUGGUCUCUUACUUCUGUCUGGUGUUCCUGCUCAACGUGGCGAUGUUCAUCGUGGUCAUGAUGCAGAUCUGCGGACGCAACGGCAAACGCAGCAACCGCACGCUGAGGGAGGAGGUUCUGAGGAACCUGCGUAGCGUCAUCAGCCUGACCUUCCUACUGGGGAUGACAUGGGGCUUCGCUCUGUUCGCCUGGGGGCCCGUUAACCUGGCCUUCAUGUACCUGUUCUCCAUCUUCAACUCCCUGCAGGGUCUCUUCAUUUUUAUCUUCCACUGCGCGCUGAAAGAAAACGUCCAGAAGCAGUGGAGGAGAUACCUCUGCUGCGGCCGAUUCAGACUGUCUGACAACUCAGACUGGAGUAAGACGAACACCAACAACACCAAGAAGGUGAGCUCCGACCACCUGGGGAAGUCUCUUUCCUCCAGCUCGUUCGGCUCCAGCUCGGCUAACUGGACGUCCAAAGCUAAAGCUACGCUCAACCCGUUCACCAAGCGCCACAGCAACACAGAUAAAUGUUACUCCAACCAGACCGGCCCCAAGUGCGUCUCGUCGUGCUCCUCCUCCUCCGAAGUGGAACCCAACUCCUCUUCUUCCUCCUCCUCCUCUUCCUCCUCUUCCUCCAUCCUCCCCGUCAGCCAGAUGAUCGACAAGGUGAAAGGCUACUGCUCCACGCGCUCCGACAACUUCUACAAGAACAUCAUCAUGUCGGACAGCUUCGCCAACAGCACCAGGUUCUAAGAGAGGUCCAAGAGACAUUUCUGGAGCCUCCUUCGUGAUUUGGAACUGCGAUGUUGGGACAUCGGCCGUUUCAUCGGCAGAUCGGUGACGAAGGAGACUUCUGUUUAACACUGGAGCCUGCCUCGCUGUUCAGGAACUGCCCACCAUGUUAUUUAAGGCUUUGCUUUUGUUCAGAAAACUGUCAGCCAACAAUCAAGAACAUUUUGUGUCCUGGAAGUGGGAGCAUGCCUAUGUUCCCACAGUCCUAUGUUCCCAAAGCCCUAUGGUCCCACAGCUCUAUGUUCCCACAGCCCUAUGUUG